AUAUAGUGACGUCAUUUGUCCAGGAUGCUACGUUCGAACAUUCCCAACUUCCUAUUGAUGCUCGUGGCAAUUCUCUCUGUGUCACAUGAUCGAGUAAAUGGGUUACGUCACACAUGCGGAAAUGUGCCUGGUACUGGUCGGAUCGCUAGUGAUGAUAACACAGGUGGAUACCGACUGGAAGUCCGUCAUGAAAGACUCAAUCCGUUUCUUGACCUCAUUCCAAACAUGUCAUACACAGUUGAAAUCGAACAGGAAAUUUCAAACAGAAAGAUACAUGCCUUAGAACUUCAUAUUUCCUAUGACGGGCAUGAAGAUAAAAACGGAAGUGACGUAAAUGGUAUGAAAUGUCGGGAUCUACAAACACCUGUGAGCGUGCAAUGGACUCCCAAUACAAAUCUGGAAUACUGUGUUACUUUAAGGGCGAUAGUCUGGGAAAAUGAGACGAAUGGUUUCAACAUCAGUUUGGAAAUCUGCAAAUACCAAGGGUGCAGGCAGUAUUACAAUGCUGAUAACAAAGGAAUGAUAUUCAGUCCAGGGUUUCCCGAGAAGUACAUUGACAACUAUAAGUGUACCUAUGUCAUCUACUCUCCAAAUCAGCAUCAAGCUAGAUUGCAGUUCAGAGCUUUUGAACUUGAACCUUCUUAUGAUGACAGGUGUUUUGACUCUGUUUUGAUUCAAACCACGAACAGUACCACAACAUUGUGUAGCGCAAGAAACAGUACUGGUCUUAACGAUCUGAAUUUUCACUCAGAUGAUGGAAUUUUGUUUCUGACAUUCGAGACGGAUUACAAGGUUGUUUCUCAAGGAUUCAGUGCCUACUACUAUACCACGGACAGGAACAAUAUCGAUGGCUGUAGCUACACAACGACGAAUUUAACAGGAUAUAUUCAUAGCCCAAAUUACCCCGACCAGUAUUUUCCUAUGACGAAGUGCAUAGUAAAGAUACAGUUACCGACCCGUUUUCGAAUUACACUCCAUGUACAAUACCUUGAUCUGGAUAUAUCGACCAGGUUAGGAGAAUGCUCUUCUAAUGAGGAUUAUCUGCAGAUCAUUCAAAGUAACAGUUCAAUGGAAAAUGAACGUAACGAUUUCUAUUUUUGUGGCAAGAAGUUGGAUCAUAGCGCCGAACAAACUAUAAUCCAAUCGAGCAGAUCAGAAGUUUCAGUAGUUUUUCAGUCCUACAGCUUACACGAGAGCAGCGGUUUUAUGAUACAAUAUAGCGCAGUCGAAUCCUGUCAAAACAUAACUUACCAGAACAUGACAACUGGAAAUUUUACAAGUGUUAAUUUUCCAGACAAAUAUUUAAAUAAUCAAGAUUGUUUUAUGUCGAUAAAUCUAACAGGAUCUUCAAGAAUUUUAGAAGUCAAAUUCAACUAUUUAUAUACUGUUUCACAUGAAAAUGAUGCUUGCAUGAAGGCAGAAAGUUGUGAAGAAGAUUACUUAGAAAUUCACACUGAUGACGUCACAACGCGACUGUGCGGUCAUUGCACACGAGAGGGAUUACCUGUACUAUUCCAUUCCUUCUCCGGAUUCAUUUUGGUGCGAUUUGUCACAAACAAUCAUCAAACACGUUCUGGCUACAGUGGUCAGUGGCGACUGGUGGACACCAUACCAAGUGAUGACCUCCCAUGUACGACUAUGUCAAUUGACACGGAUGAGCAAACUUAUGACAUCAAAUGGGAGAAAAAAUCCUGGUCCGAAGCCAAUAUUGAUUGCGUAAAUGGUGGUGGUUUUCUUGCAUCUGUCUCCAACAUCUUUAUACAACUACUACUUGAAAAGUUUAUCAAAGACAGCUCAAACUGCAGUCAACAUGCCUCAUCGUUUUGGAUAGGCGCUAGCGACCGUAUGUUUGAAGGAGACUAUUACUGGGCUAAUCUUGCGCGUCUCAAUUUUACAAACUGGUUCGAAGGAUGGCCUGAAUACGGGUUCAAUAUUAAACAACCGAGUGAUGACGGUUUAUCUGACGAGGACUGCGUUGAAAUGAGGAACAGUUUCCCACUCCCGACGAAAGGAGUAAAAGAUACACAUUCCUAUUACUGGAAUGACAGGAACUGCCUGGUUAAAAAUCCAUAUAUCUGUCAAAGAUCCAAACAUGGAGUAAUGCCAUCUACCAGCUGGAAUAGUUUGACAACCACUGGAGUUUUGGACAUAACGAUGGAUAGCCAGGAACGAAUUGUUUUAAACAGUCCACACUUUCCUAGAAACUAUGACGACUUUACGGAUACAACACAUCGCAUUUCAAGCCCCAACCCAUUCCAUCGGUUAUAUGUUCGUUUCGAAGCGUUUGACCUAGAAGCAGCUGAAAGUUGUAUUUGCGAUAACGUAACCCUCAGCAGCUUCCCGGACACGUCCCCGGAUGUAACGCGAUGUGGUAAUUGGAACAAGAAGAUUAAAUUAAUGGAAUGGACGUCACAAAGCAAUCGAGUAGAUAUUCGAUUUCAGACUGACAACUCUGUUUCUGCGUCAGGUUUCCAGCUGUCGGUCGUCUCCCGUGAAGAUCCAGUAUGCAUGGAUGCGUUCCGUGAUCAAUACCAUAAACUGGUUGGAGAUUCCAAUAUCGUAUUACUAUCAGAUGACCAGGCCUGCUUUCUUAUCGUGCAGCGUGCGACUGAAUCGUACUCGAACGCUAAGAAGAUAUGUGCAUCGUACAAUGCGUCAUUAUACCAUGAUACUACAAAUGGCCAAUGCAGUAUUUAUACCAAAGCAAUACAGAGUAUAUACUCAGAUUAUAGCCAAGAAUAUAUCAGUAUCUGGAGUGCUGGAGAGAAUAAAAAGAACGUAACUCUUUGUGCAAUGACGAAUGUUCGACUAUCCGGGGAGACCUGUUUGGAGAGGGAUUAUCUAAUUACCUAUACUGAUUGCCAUAUUCCACGACCUUUUAUAUGUGUAAAGGGGCACACUACGAAAGAUACGAGUCAUAUCCAGAAAGAAAUUCUACGAACCCCAGAAGGCCAGUUAAAAUGGCCUAUUGAGGGUCCCGGUCAUUUGUAUGGUAACAAUGUCCGCAACGAAUACGAAAUACGCGCUUCAAAAGGAAAACGUGUCUUCAUCGCAGUUAAAUAUUUGGAUAUCGAGUACCAGGAAGAAUGUCUGUAUGAUUAUUUAAGUUUCGAUGGAGUUAUGGGUAAAACUACAACUUUAUGUGGGAACAGAAGCACUAUCCAUCAAAAUUAUUUUCUUUCUGUAAAACAAGAGAUCAAGAUAGUAUUCCACACAGAUUCCUCGAUUGGCGGUCAUGGUUUCGAGUUAUCUUGGAAAUGGAUAAAUAAUUACGAAUGCAUAACGACGGUACAUGAUAAUAAAACCGAUAAUGGAAGUCUCUCAAGUAAAAACUAUCCACUGCCCUAUCCGGACGCGGUGCAGUGCUGCAAAUCUUUCGAAUAUGAUAGUAAAACGAGAAUUAUUGUAAAUUUUAUCAAUAUCAACAUUUUGCCAAACAAUUCGAACGCUGCUCUGGUUUUGUACAUAGGUGAGCAGGGUUUUGCUUUACCAAGUGUAUUAAACACAACAUUACCUAUUAGUCAGAGAACCUUUAUAUCCUCCAGGAAUCGCUUAAAAUUGUGCUUGAGCGCUGAUUCGAUUGCAGAAAAUGAAGGAUUCUAUGCAACUUAUUCUAGAUCUACUGAGAAAAUUAUACGAAUAUCAGAAACUAUAAAGAUCACACCACAUCAAGAGAGUGACGGAGCUAUACAGAGCCUUCAUUUCCCGAGCAGUGCACCAAGAAACUGUCAACAGAUCAUCCACUUGACAACGGACAUCGGCUUUAACAUAAUGUUGGAGAUUACGAAUAUGUCCCUGCUGGAUAGUCUACAAAACCAGGCGUAUUUGGAAAUAAUAGACACCUCCUUGGGACCCGGUAAUUACAUUGUCAUUAUAAAUAUGACGGCGGCGGAUUCAGCCGCACAAGGACUUACAAUCAUCCGAUCACAUUUAAACUCCGUGCAGGUGACGUUUUCAACAGGAUCUAUAUCUGAGCAGCAUAAUCUUUUUCGUGCAACAUAUACUAUUGCAACAGAUGGGCAUUAUUUAGAAAAAACAAAAUAUAUAAAAGACGGUUCGAUAAGUCACUGCGGUAACGAUACCUGUUUGAAUGGUGGAGUAUGUGCCAGCCUAGACAACAGAUACACCUGUGAAUGUGGUGUGAAUACGACAGGUCUGUUUUGCCAAACUUUUCUGUGUGAUCUCCAUCCCUGUGUACACGGUCAGUGUGCUGUAAGGGAUACUGGCGCCACCUGUGAGUGCGACUCGAACAUAUGGGGAGAACACUGCAACAUGACGGAAGUGCAAUGUAGCAAACAUCAAUGUCAAGGUCACGGAGUAUGCGCACAGUCAACAAAUAAUCCUAUAUGCAUCUGCACAGGGCAAUGGACAGGUCAAUACUGUUCUUCGAAAAAGCCAAUACAGAGAGUGGUGACUACAACGGGCGAGAAACUACUGAACGAGCCGAUCUGGAUAGGCAUGAUUGUCGUGCUCAAUCUUAUAUUUGCGUUCAUGUCUAUGUUCAUCGUACGACGCCGAUGUGAAAAGAAACUUAAAUGUUGCAAAGAAAUAAAGUCGACCGAAAAUGAUAAAUCAGGACGUGGCGGACUAAAUGAAAACAACUACCCCUGCCUUGGGGACAUGUACAAACACUAUCGAUACCAAGAUAAUGAUCACGAACUGUCUCUAGAGGAAAAAGAGGGAGAAGAAAGAGACAGAAAAGAAAUUGAGUCACCAGAUAUAAAUUUUGGUAAUCAUAGAGCGGCUGCCAAGUUGUUUGCAUCUUAUAAUCAACCACAGACCGAUUUCGCUGUACCUGUCUUAGAUAAUCACCCGAGUAUGCUCGAUAAGGAUUCCGAUGAUUCCGUCGGGGGUAUGAAGGGAGGGACCCUCAAUUUUUGUACUACGUAUGACAUGGACUUGCCUUGUGACGAAAUCCGUGAAAAUGAGAUCGCUGAGGCCUGCUUUGAUGCCGCUGUCCCUAUUCUAAAAAUUUCAGAAUUAGGAAUGACUUCUCUGGAGAACAGUUAUAUGUGCUCGUUUAAAAAUAGAUCGCCAGUUCAUGAUAAACGCCUGUCUGACACAACCCAGCACUGCUAUCCAGAAAUCGUUGUGAUGGACUCAACCCCGCCAUAUCUGGUCGGGUCACCUGUACUUCGCGGAACUGGUUCAGAGCGUUACGUGGAAAUGCAAAGGAAAGUUUCCAUAGAAAAUCAACCCCAAGCACCGUUUAAACUUUUAGAUGUCAGUGAAAAAAGAAAACGUUUCGCUUCAAAGUUGCGUGUAGAAAGAUCGCCAUUUACCAGUGAAAGUCAAACUGUACGUAAUUCUACCUUUAACAGCAGUACUGAGCCUCUGGAUGGUUGUACAGUAGCUCAUAAAUCAGAACCGCAUGGCUACACCUUAAGUGAUUAUAAUCGAUUAGAUCCAAGAACAUGUGACCAUAAAAGACGGGAGCGAAGUAUCGGGUCAUGUGAGGAAAUUUACGGGUCAGGAACGUUAGAAAAUGGAACGAACCAGAUGAGCACGGAUCAGUUUGGAAGCCAAAUAAAUAUUUGUUCAAUGACGGAAAAAUCUUCCAUGGAAGAUCUUUCCAACUACGCCUGUAAGAAUGGUGGUGCAUCAGACAGAAAAUUACGACGGAUGAAGCGUCGAAAGAAAGGACAUUCUCAUGAAAUAAGUUCUGGUAACAUUCAGAAACCAUCGAUUUCAAAAACAAGCAGUGAUUCAAAUUUGCCAUAUUUCUCGAAAACAAAGCAUAAGCACAGACGUUCACGUACAAAAACGAAAAACGAUAAAUGCCAAAGUAUCCAAAGAAUGUUGGAAUCAUCAAUGACUGAAGAUACGUUAUCCAUUUCAAGUUCAAAAAAUUAUGUACGCAAAUCUCGAAGUAAUGAUUUAGUGCCAAAUCAAAUGGCGAGAAGUCCUUGUAGAGAACCAAACAACUCAGACGCAAAGGUGUUUUAUGGAUCGACAGUACAGCGAAGACACUCGUAUCACACGAAACAAAAUGACGAUAACGUGUAUGACCCCGAUACGAUGCUGAACACGGACCAAAGUUUGACAUAUAGACUGGAAAAGAGUGAGAACGAUUUGCCAAGACUACCGUCGUUUACGUCCUACAAGGUAUUAGAGGAAUCGGCAGCUUCCUCUGAUGUAUCUGGUUUGUUUUCAACGAAAACGAACAAAAACGGCAAGUUGAAAUUACCACUUACAUCCGACACUGAUACAGGGUUUUCGUCGUCAUCUCGGAGUCUUCGUUCACCAUACGGUGGAAAAGAGGACGCAGAUCUUUGUGUACAUUCAAUGAGGAAAACAAGUAAAAUGGAUUCUGCGUAUCAAACUAAACAAAAUUCCGACGAUAUUAUCUUCAGGACGAUAUCAAUUCGAAAUCAAGACUCCUUACCAAGCAAUGCAAGGAAGGAUAUAAACGUAAUAGUACGUUUGCAGCAGGCGGCAAAAAGGUUACAAACAUUGUCUUCUUCUGGGGACAGUGCUGUUCAUACUACGAUAUCAGAGGAUGAUUUGGACGACACGCAAAGAGAAAAUAAGAAAACUUCAGAACAUGGCAAACAAAAGGAGGGUCUGGAAGAGGUAUCGGAGGAAUACUUUGUUUCUUCCAACACAUUCGACAAUAUCUCUUUAAGAAAGGACCUAGAUCUGAAGGAGUCCGUGUAUGAUAUCGAGUUACAGGACUUCACCUGUGUUUAGAAUAAUGUUUACCUGGUUGCACGGUUGUUAAUAUAGGUCAUCGCGUAUCUUCGGAUAUUUUUCUUCUACAACAACACAACAUUUAUGCUUGAAUUCAUUUGCGGAAGGCUUAUUGAUUGAAAGAAGUUGACAAAAUAUUCAUUAUUUUCACUUUGGUGUUAUAAUUGUAUCGCCGUGUUAAUGAGAAUUCUCCCUAGGUUAACGCCAUAUCCACUGCAUUAGUACACUAUACAUAGCAUAAUGUAAGGUGAUCCAGUGACCUUUCAACUCGUCGUUUGUUUUGUAAGUUGGAACUAAAUCCAAGAGAAAUGCUUUAUAUUUAACUUUUAUGCUAGGCCUAUCACUUUCUAAAUACUGGAAAAAUAGAAAUUACUUAAUAUAGUCGCGAGAAAUAAGAUAAAAUCUUUAAUAAAUGACCGUCAAAAGAAAAAAAACCCUUGCCGGUUUAAGAUUACUUCAGAUACAAAAUUGGACGUUAUGCACAUGGUAUUAAAGAGUCAAAAACUAUUUUUCGAAGUCGAAAUAUAAUAUUAUUAUGUAUUUGAUGAUUACAAUAUGGAAGAAUACUAAAAAUAAUCCUUAGUCCUUAUUUAAGAAAAUAAAGGCUCGACAGUAAGUCUUCAUUGUUUUCACAGCUUCUAGGCGAUUUACAGAUACUGAGGUAUGGAAGCCAAAAGUGCGCUAAAGACGUGAUAUCGAGUAUCUUUUUUUGUUGUAUACUGUAAAUCACUUACGUGGAAUUUAUUUUCGCGUAUCAAUUUCAAAUUCUUUUAUUUGUACAAAAAUAACAUC